GUAAAUACAAGUAGCUGCUCUCUGGAGGCCAAGCAGGCACAGAACCCGAACUCGCGUGCAAUUAGCUGCAAGCUUGGCACGCUGGCCGCGAGCGCUCUGAUCGGCUUGGCGCGGGCACUGCACCACCAAAUUCCUGUUUUGCAUUAUAGGCUAGUGGCAGCGGGAAUGCACACCACAGCCCAGCGCGCGGGCAUCGCCAGCUGCUCCACCACCACCAGCAUUUCGCCGCUGCUGUACGCGAUGAACCCGAUGCUGGCGCCCGUCCCCUUCACGGCCGUCUCUCACAAAGCUGCUGCGGCCGGUCGCGUCGCGGCUGCUCGCGGCCUGUUGGCGUCAGCCUCGCACUCGUCAGCGUCGACGUCGAUGGCCACCCCGGCCGCGCCGCUGCCGCGCCGCUCCCUCGGCACCCCCUUUGGAGCCUCCGCCUCCGCCGCUGCGGCCCGCGGCGUCGCCUGCCGUGGCGCGGCCACUGCCGCGGCGCCCGCCGCGCCGUCACCGGCCGCUGGCGCAGACUGAUAGUGCGCGGGUGUGUGGGUGUGUGUGUUUCGAAUGCUGCGGUGGGGGCCGUGGCGGGGCGGGGCAGGUCGCGGCUUCCAUGGCGGUUGCAAUUCCGGUG